AUGCCAAAAGGAGGAAAGAAACACACACAAGAGGCGAAGGUAGCCCAACCAGCUGUUUCGACACUUCCUAUUAAAGACCAGCAAAAUUUGCCAAGACAACAAGACGAGCUUUUGAAGGCCGGCUUGAAGCAUUUUAACAACAAACACUAUGAAAAAGCAAUUGAAAACGUCGAGAAAAUCAUUGCUCGAUUUCCACAAAACGGAGAAGCAGUCGCGCUUUUGGCCGCUUCGCAAUAUUCAAAGAGCCCAAAAACGGUCAACGUUACAGAAAUCAUUGGUACACUGAAGUUGGGCAUUAGAUACAACCUCGGCAGCGUGACGUGUUGGCACUUGUACGCGUUGAUCUUGAAAUUGGAAAAGAACUAUGAGGAAUCUUGCAAAGCGUUUAAACAACUUUCUAAAAUCGACCAAACCAAUUUGGGAAUCAAACGAGAGUUGUAUUGCCUCCAAGUCCACACCGGAGACUUUGUUGGUGCCUUCGAGACAAGAGCUGUUCUCUACUCAAUUCAGAGCGACAGCGACACUAAUUUGCUUGCAAAGGCCGUCACCGCCGACUUGGUUGGACACAAAGAAAAUGCUUUAGAACUCAUCCAGUUGUUCAUUAAGAACUUUGUUAACGCGAAGACGCCUGCUAUGGACAAAGCGGAGUUAAUGUUAUACGAGUGCCGAUUAUACAAAGAGAUCAAAAAGUAUGAAGAGGCCCAAAAGCUUCUUGUUGACAACGAGCAUGAGUUCAUCGACAAAAUUGGAUAUUCUGAAAGACUUGCAGAACUCAAAGCGCUCCUUGGUGAGAAAGAAAAGGCGAUUGAAGAAUAUAAAAAGCUUCUGAGUAUGAAUGCGGAUAAACUUGAGUAUUACAUCAACAUUGCUCAGGCACUUGGUGGAGAGGUGAAUGCGCUGAAUGGCGAGUUGGACAAUUUUGUGAAGAUAUGCAAAGAGUAUUCGAAAAAGGAUUACGACAACGCUGCCGUGAUGAUCCUUAGAGCACUUCCAGCAAAUGAAGAGUUCAAGAAUUUAUUGAAAAAGUGUAUGAUUGGGUUGGUCCAAAAGCACAUCAUCACAGUCUACAUGCUUCUCGCAUCCCUCUUCGAGGUCAAUUUAUCAAAUGAAGCAGACAAGAAGAAGCCAAUUUUCGUUUCGUUGUUGGACGAAUUGGAAAAGGAAAUGACUGGCGAAGACCAGAAGUUUGUGUUCAUCACAAAGGUUGACACCCUUUUGAAAGAAAACAAAGUCGAUGAUGCGGGUAAAGUGUUUGAAAAUGUCAAAGACGAGCCCAACACAAUCGAAGGGCAAAUGAUAACGGCAAGAGUCUUGAAACAUCAGGGAAAGUUGGAAGAAGCAGCAAACGCAAUGGACCGAGCGAGAAACUUGGAUUUGGCCGACAGAUAUCUUGCAAACAGAACUUCAAAAUAUUUUUUCCGAAGUGGAAACGUUAAGAGAGCCGUUGAAGUGUUUAAGUUGUUCGACAGAUCGCCGGAAAAGACUGGUGACGCUGGUGAUAAGUUCAACGAAAGAAUGGACGAUUUGGAAGUCGUCUGGUUCUUGACAGAAAACGCGUGUGGACAACUGAAGUGUGGCAACUUGGACGAGGCAGAGAAACUCGCAAAUCGUGUCCUCAAGGCAUAUAAGUCAUAUGUGGACGAUUUGUUCGAUUUCCAUGCUUAUAUCUUCCAAAAACCGUGCAUUUGUACGUACAUCGACACACUCAAAGCAUGCAAACAGUACGUUAACUCCCCUUUCAAAGCAAGAGCAGAAAAAGUUUUGGCCGAAGUCGCAGAGAAGAGAAAGAAUUGA